GCCUCACUCCAACACACACGAGCGAGCUGCUCACUACUGUCUCAUUCCGCACGUGGAAGUCGCAGUCCACGGACCAAAUUAUCCCCUUUCGCCAGGAGCGACCAUUCACACCACCAUCAUCAGGCAUGGACUUCGCCUAUUCCCCGCAUCGUGAGACAGGCGGCACCAUGCACCUGCCCUCUCCCACACACUCUCAUGCUUACCAUAUGGAAGGGUUUGCCUCAAUCCAGCAGCUUCGACGGUCACUGUCGCGCUCGCCAUCGAGGCCAUCUCGCUUCCAGCUGCGCAGCAACAGGGCCUCUGACUCACCUGGUUCACCUAUCUCACCUCUGGCCCUCGCGCGCGCUUUCAGUCCGAAACCAUUCAAAGACACAACUCCCGCCAACACAUAUCCAACAUCUCCCCUUGCGCCACCCCCGGCAACAAACAAGAAGAAAUUCAGCCUCCGUCGCACGACGCCUUUCCGAUCAUCACCCCGCAACCGUACCAAGUCUAAGAGCCCGCGGCGCGCAUUAGGGGAAUCUUCUAACCAAGGCAACGUGACACUCUUCACCUCGCGGCGCACAUCUGGAGAGGAGAACGUUACAGUGCGGAGAACGAGCGUAGAAUCAAUUGAGAAGAUUGCAACUGAACAAAAGCCCUUGAUGCGGUUCGACCUGAACGACAAGCCGAUCAAGUUCGAAUUCGCGCGAUCGCGUGCCGAAUCCAGUGCACCUGGCGCAAAUUGCUUGGUGCCUGCUAAGUCCAGUCCUCUAAAGCGGAGCGACGGUAUUAUGAACUUGGAUACCGCGAGUAUGGGCAGCCCAGUUGCAAAGAGGAGGAGUCUACAUGGGGCAUCUGCGUUUGGAUCUGACUUUGAUAUUUUCGAACAUGCACCUACCCCCAGAUCAGCUGUCGAAGAUGCACAGCGGUCGCAUGAUCUUGAUAUUGGAAACGGAUACUCCUUCUCUUCGCCUAUUGUGAAGACGAAUUCCCCUCUCAGGAGAACAUCUUCUCUACGCAAGUCAACGCUCUCCCAGCGAUACGGAUCUAAUGCACCCAGAACGAAGCCAGCUUAUGAUGGUGACUUCCUCCUACCCGGCCAGGCAGCCUCCAAAACCAGGCACCGAAUGUCCCUCGAUGGUUCUCUGGCAUUUAGCUCAGGAACCACCCAGGCUCCCUUCCGUAAGUCUAUACAUGCCGAACUCGCACGCCCUUCAAAUCAACCAGUCCUUCGUGGCGGUGCUGGAAGCCACCAGCCACAUCCUCUGUCGAAUGCUUUGACCCCAUCUUCUUCAUCUUCGACUAUGGCAGAUGAUUCUCCAACGCAUGCCCAUGUUGCAGCUCCUCCUAGCGCUGUCCCCCGGAAUCAUGCCUUCUCUCGAUCAUUGCCCAUCGGCUCAACCCGGCCACAGGCGCAACCAGAAUCAGAGUCUUUCGACUGCUCAUUUGAGACUCCAAUGGCUUACAAGAUGGCUAAGCCCAAUCCAUCUGCAUUCAUGUCGACUGGUCUGCUAUCAAAAAAGAACCGCAAUGCGGAUGAAACUGCAUCAGGCUCAUUCGGGGCAUAUGUCAUGCCUGAUACCCCAUCGAAGCGGAUGUCUUUUCCUCCCGUCACUGCCACUCCCUCGUUUAGUCGUAGUGUAUUCGGAAACCCGUCGCAGCCACAUCCUGAAUUUGGAACGCCGAGCACUCCAUUCAGCAUCCAUGCGUCCAAGACUUCGAUAGAGACAUUUGGUAAAGGUGUCAGCAUCUUCGGUAGCUCUAACACCCUUGAGCGUCGUGGUAGCUUUGCCAGCAUUGAUGGAGACGAAAAUCUCAGCUAUUCACCUUCCGGGAAUCACAUGACAGACAGUCAGUCGAGCAAUGAUGAUAUGCCACCUACUCCAACCAAGCCACACGAUAGCUCUAGUCGACGCUCCAAGGAGAGUAGUUUGAGGCGUAAGACUUUCGGUCGGGGCCGCGCAUCUCUUGAUGCAGACACAUUCAAUCCUCCAGACGGUCCAGAAACUACGAGUAUUGACAUUCCCGAGGCUGCUCAAGCACAAAAUGUCAGCCCAGUGGGUGCAUCUGGGUCUUCUAACCAAUGUUCACCCCAUACUCCACUGGAGUCAUUUGUACCGCCAGACCCGAGCAAGUUGUCCAUCUCGGGCCAGAAUCGCCGAGGUUCGUUGUCAUUCAACAGCAGCACGAACAGUAACUUGUCGAUUCCGCCUGCCACGCCAACGGCCCCACGUGAUCACACCAUAUUCUUCGGAACAGGCCAACCAGCAGUUGUGCCUAUCGCAGGACUCACUAAGAACGAUGUGGACACAGCAUUGACCUCACGGUUCCAUUCAGUCACCAUGUGCGGCAAUGGCGAGUUCUCCCAAGUAUAUCGUGUUGAGGAUCCUGUCGACAAGCGACUCUCGCUUAUGUCCCCUCCUGCAAGCAAGGUCUGGGCGGUUAAGAAGACAAAGAAGCCAUACGCCGGGCUCCACGAUCGCGAAAAGAAGAUGCGGGAGGUACAUGUUCUCCGAGCACUUCGUGAUCAUGAGCACAUUGUCUCAUUCACAAACCAUUGGGAGUUUAAGAACCACCUCUAUAUUCAAACCGAAUUCUGCGAGAAUGGAAAUUUGAAGGACUUUCUCGCUCAGACUGGAUAUAAGGGUCGUCUCGAUGAUUUCAGGAUCUGGAAGAUCCUUCUCGAAUUGUCAUUGGGCGUCAAGCAUAUUCAUGACAAUGGUUUUAUUCAUCUCGAUUUAAAACCAGCCAAUGUCCUUAUUGAUUGGGAAGGUGUCCUCAAGAUCGGUGACUUCGGCUUGGCUAGCACAUGGCCCGCUCCUCCGCACAUUGAUGGCGAAGGCGAUCGCCACUAUCUAGGUCCUGAGUUACUGUCAGGCCGCUUUGACAAACCUGCAGAUGUCUACGCGCUUGGAAUGAUUAUGUGCGAAAUCGCUGCCAAUAUCGUACUCCCCGAGAAUGGCACUUCAUGGCAGCGACUCCGCUCGGGCGAUUUCACCGAGAUACCCAGUCUGACUUGGAGUUCAGAGAGCAGCCUCCAUCGAGAUGCCAAUGGCGACCCAAUCAACGACCCAGAGAGCUUGAACGGGUCAGCUGAGACUCUAUGUGUCUCCGAUGCUGAGGAUGACCCACUGAAGUUUCUACGUCUUCCUUCUGUCCCACAUCACCCAGAGGAGCUGGUCAAGGCUCCAAACUUCAUGGUCGACCCCGAGGACAACGAGGCCCUGGAUAGAAUUGUUCAGUGGAUGAUGAACCCCCACCCAGACCAGCGCCCUGCUAUCGAUCAGGUGUAUCACAGUGGAGGUUGCCAGUGGGUUGAACGUAGGAGGCGCGCUGGUGCCACUGUGUACGAAGGAAACUGGGGCCCUGCCGAUGACGUUCUGGACUUCACCGAACAUCACGAGAUGGGGGUGGCAGAUAUGAUGGACACCAGCUGAAUGACUUAGGUUGGGAUCUGGAUUUCUCGCCAUCUUGAUCUCUGAUCUGGAUAGGCUUGACUUGCGGCAUGGCUCGGCGCUUCGACUCAUCAUCUACAUCUUCGGU